AUGAGCAGUUGGUUUAAUAAGCCGGAUCCUAAAGAUCAAAUGCGUGAGAAUAACAAGAAUAUUCGAAGAGCUAAUCGUGAACUGGAAAGCGAUCGGAGAGCACUGGAGCGUCGUGAAAAAGAGCUGGAAAAUGAAAUCAAAAAGUUGGCAAAGCAAGGACAGAAGGAUGCUUGUGCUGUACUCGCAAAACAGCUUGUCCAAUUACGCAAACAGAAGGCGAAGAGUGUUGGAAUGAGCUCCAAGCUCACAGGAAUCGGAGCACAGAACAACCAAAUGUAUAGCAUGAACAAGAUGUCGCAAGUAAUGGGUCAAACAGUUGGCACGAUGAAGACGAUGGAAAAACUCAUGCCAAUGGAGCGAGUGGCAAAGAAUAUGAAAGAAUUCCAAAUGGCUCAAGAGCGCCUUGGUCUCUCAGAAGAGAUGAUGAGUGAUGCCCUCGACAGCAUACUCGAUGAACCCGGUGACGAGGAAGAACAGAAUGCUAUUGUGAACCAGCUAGCCGCUGUACCAAAAGUGCCAACAUCCGUUGGUGCAGAUACCAAACCGAUGUCGGAUAAGGACAUAGAAAACAUGUUAGCUCAACUCAGAGGGUGA